GCACAGAUACAAUUUGGGCUUCCUCUCGCACUCCUUGACCUCGGUGCGACUUUGGACUAUUGAAAAGGAGCGAGAGAAAUGGCAGUGGGUGAAGACCUGUCUUCCUGUGAAUGCAUAGUCUGACAUGAAGUUCUGGAUCCUCCUCCUCACUGUAUCCGCCCAUGGGAUUGUGGUGUUUCUGCAUGUGUUUGGAAGCCUCAAGGACAAGCCUGAAGAGAUCGAGCAGUGCUGGGUACAGCCACCGACAAGGUUCUGUGGGAGGAGGUGCACGAAGGUGCAGAAAUGUGUGAGUCCGAACUACACGUGCUGCUGGACGUACUGCGGAAACAUCUGCUUGAACAACGAAGAACCCUUCAGAAGCCUGAUGAAAAUCUAGUUUCAAU